UGACGUAGGAAGGUGACGUAAGGGAGAUAAAGAAACGUUUUGUGUGUGUAGGCCUAGUGUGUCUUCCUAUUAUUUUGUUACUGAAAGCAGAGUUUUUCGGAGACUGAAUUGUGUCAGAUGGUUUAGUGGUUUGGCGAAGUUCAGAAUCAUGGUGGUGGGACCAGGUGACCAUGGGCUUCAAGCAGAUAUUAUCUUUGUCAUUGAAGGAACAGCAAUUAAUGGAGCAUAUUUGAAUGAUCUUAAAUCAAAUUAUGUUAUACCAACAUUGGAGUAUUUCAGUCAGGGAACCAUUGAAGAACGAGAGUAUGUAGCUGAGAGCACAAGCACUCAGUAUGGUCUAGUUAUAUACCAAGCUGCUGACUGUCUCCCAAACCCUAGCAGCGAUUGUUAUGGGCCCUAUUCCAGUCCACAGAAGUUGCUGAAUAUACUCGACAAGAUUGAGUUGGUGGGUGGUAAGGGAGAAUCUCAUGCAAAUAUUGCCGAAGGACUUGCCACUGCAUUGCAGUGCUUUGAAGAUCUGCAGCAAAGGCGGGAGCCCAAUUUAUUGCCCCAGAAACACUGUAUAUUAGUCUGUAACUCACCUCCUUACCUCUUGCCUGUCAUGGAGUCCGCUACGUUUGCUGGACACUCUGUGGAGCAGUUAGCUGUUCUGCUGCAAGAAAGAGGUAUCCACUUAUCGAUCUUAUCACCACGGAAGAUACCAGCCUUGUUCAAGUUAUACGAGAAAGCUGGAGGUGAUCUCCAAACUUCACAGACAAAGAAUUAUGCGAAGGACCCACGUCACCUAGUUCUACUCAAAGGAUACAGCUUGAAGGAGCGACCUAUCAGCCCCACACCAGGACCCAUUGGACAUCCCACAGCAAACAUUUCUUCAAUGCCAUCAUCUAGUCCCAAUCAGAACAAUGGAAGUCCCAUGGGUACCAUGCCACCUUGCCCUGGAGGAGCUGCAGGCAUGCCACAACAGCAGACACCAAUGAUGAAUUCCCAGGGUGUUCAGCCUGCUGUAUUUAGACCUGCUCAGACUCAGGGGCUUGUAAUGUCUCCUCAGCAGCAACAUCCACCGCAGGGUGUGAUGCACCCCAACCCCAGGAAUGCGAUCUUGUUUCCCCAGCAGCCUCCACAGUCUUACCCUUCCCAAGGUAUACUGGUGCAAAAUCGUCCUCCACGGUGGCCUCUACCCAUAAUGCAGCCUCAGCAGCAAUCACGCCAGUUUCCAAACCAGAGUGCCCUCAUUGCUCAGCUGACGCAACCAUCGAUGGGUCCUGCUGUAAAUCCCACAGCUUUGGCAGUGAGUGGACAGUUCAACCAAAACAACCCUCCGCCAGUGAUGGGUCAGCAGCAGCAAAUGCACAAUAUGUCAAGAGUACCUCAGCAGGCUGGACAAGGCGGUUCUAUGAAUUUACCAUCUAUGGUUGGCCCUGGACCCGGACAGCAGCAGGGUCCGGGGCAGCAGGCCCAACCGCCACCACAGCCAAACCAAUCUGGUGCUCCUUCAGGCCAGCAACCCCAGAAUAUCGGCCCGCAGCAGACUGUUGCAACUCCACAGCAAGGCACACCUCCAGGGGGACAGCCAUCAGUACCACAACAGCAGCCGGGGCAGCCACCUGUGGUCGGAAACCAACAGCGUCAGCCAUUAUGGCAGGGAGUUGUGGAAUGGAUUGAGAAAGCCAAGAGUCCCAAUGACACUCAGAAACUUACACGACAUGUUCCUUGUCAAGUGUCAUCUAACCCCAGAGAAGGUGAAACAGACCUGAAAGCUGACUCAUGGCCUCAGAAACUUAUAAUGCAGCUGAUGCCAAAGCAGCUGAUUGGGAACAUCGGGGGUGCAUAUCUAAAGAACUCUAAGUCUGUUCUCUUUCAUCCGCAAAACUGUGAAGCACUCGAGUCCCUCACCAAAGUUAUGAGUUCAGGAUUUGCUGGCUGUGUCCACUUUACAAGUAUUUCCUCACCGCAAACGUGUGACAUCAAGGUCUUGAUUCUUUUGUACACAGCAGAGAAACGUGCAUAUCUUGGAUUCAUUCCCAAUGAUCAAGCAGCAUUUGUUGAUAGACUUCGUAAGGUGAUCCAGCAUCAGAAGACUACACAGGCCCUUAUCAGACAACAGGGUGGCCAGGCCAGUGCUGGAGCCCUACCAGCACCAUCAGCUGGGUUAAGCAUGAAUCCUCAGCAACAGCAGCAACAACAGCAGCAGCAGCAGCAGCAGCAGCAACAACAACAACAACAACAACAACAACAACAGCAACAACAGCAACAACUGUCUGGAUCUAUGGGGGCUCAAGGAGGUGGGCCCCAACCAGGUCAACAGCAAACUAACCCUCAGCAAGGCCCACAAGGGGGAAUCAUGAUGUCCCAGACUAACCCAAUGACCAUGGGAGGUGGGCAGAUCACACAGAAUGUAGUGACAUCAGCAGCCCAGCAAAUGCAGCAGCAGGUUGUUUCUUUGGGACAACAAGGGGCAGGUGGUGCAGGAGGGGCCAAUAGUCAGGCUUCUCCUGCACAGUUGUCUGGGUUGCAAAAUGCAGAGAGACACUUAGGAGGUCCUGGUGGCAAUCAGCAGCAGCCUGGUGCAGGAGGACCCAUAAGAGGUGCUCAAGGAAUGAUGCCAGGGGCCCCUCAGCGCCCACCUUUUGAUAACAUUGAGGCCGCACGCCAACAGAACCUGGCCAAGAUCCAGCACUUGAGACAGACUCUUGAAGCAGCUCAGCAGCAGGAACUUCAGUACAAGUCACAACUUGAAAUUAUCAGUCACAUGAAGAUUCAGCAGCUGCAACAAAAUUUGGAAAUGGCCCAGCAACAGGAAAUGCAAUUCAAAGCUCAAAUGGAGCAAGAGCAACAGAAACAGCUGCGGGUUCAGCUGCAACAGCUUACACAACAGCAGCAGCAGCAGCAGCGCCAGAUGGCUCCUCAAGGUAUGCAGCCAUCCCAACCACAGCAGCAACAACAGCCAAACCAACAGCAAAGGAUGGUAAGACCAGUGCUGGCAAACAACCCUGGACUCAGACAUCUCCUCCAGCAGCAGCCGCAAUAUCGCCAACAGGUACUGAAUAUGCAGCAGUUAGGAGGUCUGCGAGGGCAACAGCAGAACCCUGGUGGCCAGCCUCAGCAGCAGCAACAGCAGCAGCAGUUUGAUGAUGUCUCGUCCUUCGACUUCCUCACCUAGGGUCAGUCAGUGGAAUGGAUUUCUUCCAUCCGGGUAUCAAAGAUCCAUGCAGACAUAUGUUGACGGCAGUGAAAUAAGGUUAGAAAAAUUUCCAUCUUGUGUUUCUGUAAAGGUGAUUACAGUUUAAAAUUUGUGGUCAUUUGUCAUGUUUCACGAUAAAUUAAGUUUCCCACGUGUUGAAGAGUUCAGGAACUUGUGUAUUAGUGGGUGAUCCAAGAAACUUUAAAAUGUUAUGCUGUCAGUUGUAGAAGCCUGACAAGCCCAGAAGAUUAAGCUUAUGUUUUUAAGAUGAUAGACCUUUGGUUCCAAUCUGAAAAGGUUAGGCUCAGUUGGGGGGGUUGCAAAUAGACUCCCAUUGUUGGCAGUGCUAAUGUAGUUGAUAAUGUAGCAAUAACUUUUGAAGUUGAUUGGGUCACCUGUUAAUACAUAAGCACUGGUAAUUAUUUAAUUCUGAAAUUUUUUUAUUAGAAUCAUCAUAUGGCAAUAUCAGCUGUUCUGUUUUGGAGAUUUGUUUACAGCAUGGAUUAGUAUUAAUUUUUUUUUUGGGGGGGGGAGACAUAACCUCCAGUUGCUCCAAGCACUUGGAGCACUGCGGGGUUCCUUGUGCACCUCAUGAUCUCAGUAGGGCCCUUCAGAUAGAUGUAAUCAAAUGCCAGAGCCAGAACCAGUUUGCUUAACAUCUCUUGAUAUCUGUUGGUGCUAACUAUGCAGAACUGAAGAUCUGUAUUCUAUGCCUAGCCAGGGCUGACCACUGAUGAAGUUUGUCAUAGGAAGACCAUUGCUCCUGUCCAAAUUUCCUGUGCAUGGUGACAUGGAUUGCAGAAAAGCUGAUGAUUGUAUAAAAUGUAGAAUUACAUUGUUUAAUGGCGUUUUGACUGUAUUUAUGCAUAUAUUUUAUCAAGAUCACCAUAAAUGUAUCUGUAUUUUAUCUAAAACAUCUUUGUGGGUAUGACAGAGUAGGCAACCUUACAGAAGAAAAGUCUAGUGUGUUCACAGAGAUUUCCAGUAUAGUGGUAUUCUCAUCUUAUGUUGAAAAUAGAAUCUAAUAACUUCUCAAUGAUGAUUUAAUGAUCUGUGUGCUGUCUGUUGAUGACACCCUCAGAGAUGUUAUAGACACACAAUACUAAUAGGCUUGUUAGUAAUA